AUGAAGGCAUCGUCGUCAAUGCUAGCGGUGCUCUUUGCCGCAACCGCAGCUUCAAGUCCAAACACCGCACCCGACUGCGGAUGUAAGAAGCCACUCCCCAAUGGUAUCGAGCUUGACAAGUCCGUCAAUCUGACAUUGGAGAGUGAAAGCGGUGUUUCCCCUCGCAAAUACCGUCUACACAUCCCGCCCUCGUACGACAACAACAACCCCGUCCCACUCAUCCUCUCCUUCCACGGCCGUGGCAAGAAUGCAAAGUACCAAGAAGCUCUCAGUCAAUUCUCGAACGCCAGCUAUGGCUACGAAGGCAUCGUUGCGUAUCCCGAAGGCGUACCGAACGCAAAAGGCACGCAGCAGUACGAGGGCGACCCCGACUCCCCACCCUCCAUCUCCGAUGUCACAUUCACGCUCGAACUCCUUGACCACCUCCAAUCAACCUACUGCAUCGACCCCACCCGCAUCUACGCAACCGGAAAGUCCAACGGCGGAGGCUUCACCGGCGGCGUGCUAGCUUGCCACCCCAAAGCAAGCUCGCGAAUCGCCGCUUUCGCGCCCGUGUCUGGCGCUUUCUACCUCGAUGCCGACCAGCAGCCCUUACCUUGCAACCCCAGUCGCCAAGUCCCCAUCAUGGAAUUCCACGGCCUGGAGGACACGACAAUACCAUACGCCGGUGGCAUCAACACCCGCGGCAACGCAAACUCAACUGAUAUCCCCACGUGGGUGAGGGAUUGGGUCGAGAGAGACGGCCUUGACGUUGACGCGAACAAAACGUCGUAUCUCUGUGAAGUGGAUGAAGGGAAGAAGGUUACGCGGUAUAGCUGGGACGACGUGGUUGUGCAUUACAAGUAUGAGAAUCUGGGCCAUGAUUGGCCUAGUUCGUUUGCGAAUGGUGAUACGGGGGAUGAUGAGGGGGUUUUGACGUGUGAGGCGGCGGAGGCGACGAGGAUUAUUUUGGAGUGGUUUGGGGGGUUGACGCUGUAG